GAAUGACCUUGAAACGCUGUGAAGUGUCGCUAACUUCGGUGUAGUUUUUCCCGCAGUUUGGCGUCCACAUAGAUUGAUAAAAAAUUGUAUCAAGAUACAUUUUCUAUGUAUUUAGAUCAAUAGGACAUUUGUAAUACCUUAUGUUUUGCAUUCCAGUGACGUUUUGAUGAUACGAUUAUGUUAUUUCAGUGAACCAUUCAUAUGAUUUUGUGAUUUUGUGGUGUUAUAGUAAACACAGGGACGUGAUCUCGGCCCCACGUCUAUGACUUGUUAUUGGCAGCAUGGCGGAAAUAGUGUACCCGCAAGGCUGCCGCCCAAUCACCGAUGACCUAGGACCAGAUGAGCUCGUCCGAAGAUUAAAGGUUCUAGCUCACACACUCCAAGGUCUCGGUCAAGAUGAGGGCAUGUAUCAGCAGUACAUCCCGCUGGCGUUGCAUCUGGCCGACGAGUUUUUUCUCACGCACCCCUCAAGAGAUGUGCAGUUGCUGAUAGCGUGCUGUAUUGCCGACGUGUUGCGUGUUUAUGCGCCCGAGGCGCCGUAUAAAGAUCAGGAGCAGGUGAAGACAAUAUUCCUGUUCCUUAUCAACCAGCUGCAAGGUCUUCGGGAUCCCAAAGACCCGGCUUUCAAACGCUAUUUCUAUCUACUGGAGAAUCUCGCCUACGUCAAGUCCUUCAACAUGUGCUUCGAGUUAGAGGACUGCCAGGAGAUAUUCUGCGCCCUGUUCUCUCUCAUGUUCAAAAUUGUCAACACAGAACAUUCGACAAAAGUGAAAUCGUUCAUGCUGGACGUCCUCUGCCCACUGAUCACGGAGUCGGACGUGGUAUCCAACGAGUUGCUGAACGUGAUACUCAUGAACCUGGUGGAGCCCAAUAAGCGUGAUCACAAACACGCGUACGCUCUUGCCAAGGAGCUGAUAGUGAAGACCAAUGAGACGCUGGAACCGUACAUACAGGCGUUUUUCAACCACGUCCUGAUCCUUGGCAAAGAAGAGAAGACUUUACUUAUAUUUUCAAAAGUAUACGAACUAAUUUAUGAGCUAUACCAAUGUUGCCCGUCAGUGCUAUUGUCGGUACUGCCACAGCUAGAGUGUAAGCUAAAGUCGGCCCAAUUCCAAGAGCGAUUGAGCGGCGUGGCGCUCCUAGCUCGAAUGUUCUCUGAGCCGGGCUCAGAACUGGCCAAACAGUACCCGGCUUUAUGGCGAGCCUUCCUUGGCCGAUUUAAUGAUAUAUCAGUGCCAAUUCGUAUCAAAUGCGUGCAAUAUUGCAUGCACUUCCUUGUCCACCACCCAGGUCUGAGGAAAGAUAUAACAGAAACAUUAAAACUACGUCAGCACGACGCACACGAACAAGUUAGGUAUGAAGUCGUUAUGGCCAUAAUAGCUACAGCGCAAAGAGACUUCCAAGCUGUAGCUGAGUCCGAAGAUUUACUACAUUUUGUAAGAGAGAGGACACUGGAUAAGAAAUUUAAAAUAAGGAAAGAAGCCAUGUCCGGACUCGCUAUGAUCUACAAGAAAUUCCUCACAGAAGAAACAGUGCCACCGGCUACAGAGAAAGCGGUGCAAUGGAUCAAAGACAAAAUCCUUCACGGAUAUUACAUGACGGCUUUAGAAGACCGUUUACUAGUCGAAAGACUUCUGAACACGUCACUAGUACCGUACACAUUGCCAGCUCCGGCGCGAAUGAAAAAACUAUACUAUUUGAUGUCAAAUGUCGAUGAUAAUGCUACGAAAGCGUUCAUAGAACUUCAGAAACACCAGCUAGCUGUCCGACGCACGGUGGCGGAAUGGAUAGAACUUCACAGGAAGCCAGCUACCCCCGCCGUUCAGAAAGAGUUGAUAGCAAAAGUGCUUCACAUCAGUUCGAAGUUUCUGCCAGAGUCUGUGAAGGCGCAGGAGUUUUUGAACAAGUUCUCGCUGCACAUGAAGCAAGCGCCGGAGCUGUUGCAAGGAAUGGAGACUAUAUUGAACCCGAACGUCAGCUGUGAAGUCUGUGUUCGCACAACGUCGAGCGUCCUCAAGAAACUCGGCCAGCCGGUGAUGACGAAUCUGUACUACAACACUGUGAAGAUGCUGCUCGAGCGCGUCAGUUCGGUGAUGAUCGAUCACGAGUCGCUGCUCAUACUCGUCGGGUACGUCGAGGGCGCUGUCAAGGGCACGGAUCCCACCAUAGCCGAUGAAUGCGGCAUAGAGCUGAAGAAGGCUGCGGAGCGCGGCCUGAAGCUGCUGGUGAUGCUGUCGUUCGUGUUCCCGGCGCACUUCCUGCACGAGGACGUGCUCAACCGGCUCACGUCGCUGCUGGAGCUGGACGACGAGACCGUCGCGCCGCACAUCCUCGCCGCGCUCACCUUCCUCGGCAAAUACAGGCCGCUCAGUGAGGCGUGUCCGGCGCUGUUCCCGCGAUUGAUCACACUGUGCAAGGCGUACGCUGAAGUGGGCACGCCUAAACAGGCCAAGAACGCCGUCAGGUGCCUAUUCGUGAACGUGCCGGAGCAGCGCACGCAAAUAUUCACGGACAUCCUGGAGACGCUGAAGGCGACGCUGAGCCCGCACUCGGAGCACUACCGCACCGCCAUCGUCACGCUCGGGCACAUCGCGCACAACCUGCCCGACAACUUCCCCGUUCACAUCAAGAAUAUCGUCUCUAGGAAGAUAGUGAAGGAGCUGCUGGUGCGCGAGGGCGGCAGCGCGUGCUCGGCGCCGGCGGGCGCGUGGUGCGCCGAGGCGGAGCUGCCCGAGGAGACGCGCUGCAAGCUGGAGGGGCUGAAGUGCAUGGCGCGCUGGCUGCUCGGCCUCAAGCGCGACGAGCUCUCCGCGCAGAAGACCUUCCGCAUGCUCAACGCCUUCAUCGUGCACAAGGGCGACCUGCUGCAGCAAAACCGUCUGUCGAAAGCGGAGAUGGCGCACUUACGGCUCGCGGCGGGCGCCGCCAUGCUCAAGAUCUGCGAACAGAAGGGCGUCGGCGACCAGUUCACCGCAGAGCAGUUCUACAACCUCUCGCAUCUCAUGAUCGACGAUGUGCCGCAAGUGAGAGAAGCUUUCGCGGCGAAACUACACAAAGGACUUUCGAAGGGCAUCCCCAAUAAAUGCCUGCCCCUGGACUUCAUGGGCAUGUACGCGCUGGCGGGCCGCGAGCCGGAGCGCCGCAUCCGCGCCCUCGUGCGACAGUACAUGCUCGCAGACGUCGUGCGGCGCCGCGAGUACGUGCGCAACAUCACCGUCGGCACCAAAGUGGAGCGCGCGGUGUCGCAGCUGCCGCACAUCCUGCCGGACUACAUGCUGGUGUUCGCGGUGCCGAUCCUCACGCACGACCCCGCCUUCACGGCAUACGACAAUGUGGCGCAGUUGAAGGUGGUGAAGAACUGCCUAUGGUUCGUCCUGGAGCCGCUGAUCACACGCAACGACUUCUACUGCUACGGAUUCUACAAGAGCCUCGUGGAACGCAUGAAGCUGCACAAGGACGCCUUAAAUGAAACAGACGACGCUGUCAACUAUAAACUGUGGGCGGUGUGCGACCUGGCGAUGUCGGUGAUCUGGGCGCGCUCCACGUCGUUCGAGCUGCGCGACUUCCCGUCCGACGCGCGCAUCCCCACCAUGUACUUCUCGCCGCAGCCCGACUACUUCGCCAACACGCGCGUCUUCCUGCCGCCGGAGCUGCAGUUCCAGCCCAAACGACAAUUGGCGGCCGACGCGAACGCACGCGGCAAGAAACGUCCGCGACCCAUCACCGAGCGGGAGAACACCAACGAUGUAGAGCCAUCGGAAGCGUCAGACACACAGAUCCAACUGCCAGGACUAGAACAAACACCGGAAACGGAACUCGACGAGCCGCAGUCAAAGCGAGCCAGUGAAUGAGCCGUGCAGACUAUUCGCGUGAUAACACACACGCGAUACCACGUACAGAAGACUACAAACACUUGCCGAUAGAACUAAUGACAGGUAUCACUACGUGUCAUGAUAAACCACUUUGGUACUCCGAGCCGGAUUAUUGGUCCUUCGCGCCGGAUUUAAAAUGACAUGUCAAGUCAUUCAACUUGUCGAUAAAUUAUAAGUGAAGCAUAUAACGAGCUUUUAAUUUGAUUAUAUAGUGAAUGUAAAAACUGGUGUUGAAUUAAGGUCAUAAUUGUCCUUCUCUUUAAGAUAAUGACAAAUAGUUAAAUGUUUAAGGUGUAAAAAUUAAUGUUGUAGGUACACCCUUACGCUUUGUAUGGCGUACAGGGUUAUUUAAGACAUAAAAGUGUAUUCUGUCAUUAAUGUCUAUCGUUGAAGUCAUUGGAUUAAUAUCUCUAGCAUUGAUACAAAUGUUAGGACAAGGGUGAGACAACCCUAAAACCCAGUCAGUUGUUACGCUUAACAUUGAAGACUGGCUAUGUAUAUCUCGACAUUAACAUCAUAUAUUUAAUACGUUACUAUAGUAACUGUAUAUAUUUCCUGUGUUUGAUCACUGUCUAAGAGGAAAGGAAGACUUAAUUCGAAAUAGUGUUGCAACGGUUUGCCGGUAUCGAUAGAAUUAAGUGUCGAUUGUCGUAUGGUGUUUGUCUUAAUAUUUAAUUACUGGAAUUGUCUUUUUAUCUUCGGAAAUAUUUUACAAUUGUGUUUAUCGAUUGUUCUUUAAAAUUAUUUCGAUUUAGUGUUUUGGGAUAACAGCUAUUGAGUCUGUUUUUUUCCUUUUUGUGCUCGAUUGUUGUGUCGAUAUCGGCAAAUAGGGACGUUUUUAAGUCUCUGCAUUUUAUCGAUAGAAGUCUAAAAUGACUACAUAAAACAAUCAACACAUAAAUAUUAAAUAAAUUGUGACAUAACGUGUCGUAUUAUUUGAUCGUUCUAAUACAGUGGUACUUUGUAGGCAAUAUUUUUUAUUUUUUUGUAUCAACCAAAUACAAUGUUUAGUUUUGAUUUUAUUUAUCGACUAGCAUCUUGUCGAUAAAAUCUUCUCUAAGGUACUUUAUUUAAAAAGCAUUAGUGACUGUUUUAAGUCGCGAUAAAAUGUGUAAAAAAGCUUUUUUACAUUUCUCAGUUUAAGACGAUAAAAUAAUUAAUCCCAAUCUAUAAACAAUGAAAAUGAAAUAUGUCGGUGUCGAUUUUGUAAUGCAAAAAUAUCUAAGUUUAAUAAUUAUAUCGAUUUCUUGUACGGAAUCGAUUAAACACUGUUUCUGUUGGAAAUCGUAAAUAAUUUACUUGAAUUUUGAAUAUAAGAAUUAUAAAAAAAUAGUAAUUUCAUAAUUAUAUUCCUACCAAACCACACAGUGGUCUCUAGAAUCACCAGGUCAUGUGUAGUCUUUUUAUUAAAAUUAAAAAUCGAUAAUAAUAUCGAUAAAAAAAAAACGAUAAUUGAUAUAAAAUUUGAUGUAUAAAAUUAAUUAUUUUCGAUUCCUAGAUAUUUUUGCAAACUGUCCUGAUUCGUUUUGUCGUGGUCGGAUGUUUAUAUUGUGUGCCGCGGAGUCGCUCGCGGCGAUUGAAGGAGGAUCUAUUCGAGAGUCGAGUCUGUAAUAUAGAUUUUUGUAAACGUAAGUUUUAAUAACAUGAAUGUUUGUUUGAUCGUUAAUUUUAGUUUUAAUUCCUUUUCGGCUGGUCGAUUUAUUUCCAUGUUUUUUUUUUAUUUUACUACGUACCUAUGGUCCCGAACCCAUGACUGUAAUGUUAUAUAGGGCAUUCUGACUGCCUGUGGUCAUCGCAGCGGUAUUCACUACACAUUAAGGAUUAUUUUAAUGGACGAGGCAAGCAUCGACUGCGCUAUCGAUAAAUCGAUUCGAGUCUGUUGCAUCGCGUGCCCUAUUUCUGAGGCAAUUAUGUGUUAAUGUGGCAUAUUUGCCGAACAUAGAUAUAAUACUGUCAAAUGUAGAUGUACCUUUGUGUCUCCCAUACCUAAUAUACAUUACGGGAUAUACACAAUAAUAAGCUGCCAAAACCACGCUUUAAGUUACUAUUCACACCUCAGAAAUAGGUUAUAAUUAAGUUAUAAUUGUCAGAUAAUUUAAUUUUCGUGAUAUUAAUGUAAAAUAUCAAUGUAGUUUUGUGUCGGGGGUCGAACUCUGUAGUAUCAAGGUCAACAUUGUCACGUAUGUGCAUAACCAUGUAAUCCAACCCGUUCCAUUUAGUCGAUAAAUGUAAUGAUUGUGAGGGAGUGAUGGCUGUGGCAUACCAGUAACUGCAAAAUUGUAUAAUCCUUCGUUUUUUAUCGAUAAAAGUUUUGACUAGAUAAGGUAUGACCUAAUGACGUUUGUCAAACGCUUAAAGCGUCUAUAAAUGUUUGUAGCCGAUUAUUGUAUCAUUAAUUUAUCGACUGUAAACCAAUUCGAUGUUAUUGUAAUUGUAUUUAUUGUAAUUAUAGAGUUCUUGCCCGCGUCCCCGCUCCGAUGUCCAACUGUAUUAAGCCGAAAGAAUAUGUUUCAGAAUGUUUUUUAAAUAUAAAUUCUUAUUAAGAGUACCAAAAAUUGAUACGUGCGUCUGCGCCGUGCAAGUCGCAGUGAUGAUUGUCUGUAGUUAUGUAUUAAAAUAAAUAAUAAAUACAA